AUGAGUCAAAGUAAAUUUCCUUUUGAUUCUACAUCCACAUUGGAUGUCUUAAACUGCAUCGAACAGGAGAUGGCCUCCAAAGACGUAUCCUUCUGUCGCAGCCCCUCCAAUCCCGCUUUUAGCCUGGCGCCUGUAACGCUGAAGCCCUCGGCAUCUGUAGAGGUCCUUGAUAACCGUCAUCACAACUCAAACUUCACAGGUGACUUUGUCGUAACGACCAGCGCAUCAGCUACCGGUCUCUCCCGCCUCCCCUCUCCUCUUGCCUCUCCACGGCCCGUCUCCUCGGCCACGUGUGACUUUCCUUUCGUGGUGAAACCGUCAUGUCGAAGUGCCACCUGUCCUCUUGUGGUGUUUAUCAACCCCAAAGCUGGAGGAAAUCAGGGUGUGAAAUUGUUGAAAAAGUUCCAGGGUCUGUUGAAUCCGCGACAGAUCUUCAGUCUUACCGAGGGAGGACCGAGAUUGGGUCUGGAGUUAUUUGGUCGUCUACCAAAUGUCCGUGUCCUUGUCUGUGGUGGUGACGGAACUGUGGGAUGGAUCCUCUCAGAAAUCGAUUCUCUCGAUCUCCAUCCCACUCCUCCUGUGGCCAUUCUCCCAUUAGGCACUGGAAAUGACCUGGCCAGAACUCUUCAAUGGGGUUCGGGCUAUGUAGACGAGCCGUUGACGAAGAUCCUAACUUCAGUUGAAGAAGGUCGCGUCAUUCUUCUGGACCGAUGGAACAUUAAAAGUCGCCCACUCACUUCAACCGAAUUCAACCUCGAGGACGACAUCGAGAUGUCUUCUUUUAGUGGAGGUGGCGGGGUACAAAUGUCGGAUAAGUUGCCCUUAAAUGUGAUGAACAACUACUUUUCUCUUGGUGCUGAUGCUGCUACUGCGCUGGAAUUCCACGAGUCCCGAGAGGCUAAUCCGGACCGAUUCAACAGUCGCUUGAAGAAUAAGAUAUUCUACGCUGGGGUCGGAGGAAUGGAUUUAAUACGCCGGUCGUGGCGAGAUCUCUCCGACUAUGUCACUCUUGAGUGCGACGGAGUGGACAUGAGCCACAAGUUGAAGGAACUGCGACCACAUGUCUUGCUAUUUUUGAACAUUCCAAAAUACAGUGCUGGGACUGAUCCGUGGGGUCACUCCUCCGACCCUGAGCUGCAGCAAAGUAUCGAUGAUAAGAAGCUGGAAGUUAUUGGCCUAACUACAGCCACAUUAGCAACUUUACAAAUGGGUGGCCACGGUGACCGAAUCUGUCAGUGUUCCGAGGCCCAUCUAAUCACCAGAAAGACCAUUCCAAUGCAGAUAGAUGGUGAGCCAUGUCGUCUUGCUCCCUCAACCAUCGACAUUCGGUUGUGCAAUCAAGUCUUCGUUGUGCAAAAGACACGUCGUGUUGAAGGCAGUUCGCCAGCUCAUUUUGACGCAAGUGGUCGACUGGUAAAAAUUUACAUUAUCUACCCCGGCCAUAACGAGGUCCCCGAAUCACUUGACCAUCUGUGCAAAACUGCUCAACGCUUUGCCAGCCUUCGAAUAGGCGCCUACGCUGACCUCAAUGCAGUGCGGCGUCAGAUAAAACAUUCGCGAAAUCCACCCAAUUCCAGUGGCAAUGCUGUCUCCCUUCCCAGCAAGUGGAUAUUUUUGGACUGUUGGUCAUGGACACCGAAUGAAGCGGAUUUUGCUACACAAAUCACUGUGAGUAAACGUUCGGAUGAGCCCCAAAUCAUUGUUCGUGAAACUUCCGCGGAAUUCCAUCGAAGGGAGGUCUUCAAGAAAGUCAGUUUCACCGCACAUUUGGGUACCUCCUUCUCUUGUCCCAACCUCAGCGACUCGACUGCGGAAGGCCUUAGUAGUGUCUACCCCCAGGCUGAAUAUCGUAACCGUUAUGACGAAGACGGAGGCGCCCCAGACGACAUUGAUAACGAUGGAGCUAACACCACUUCCUCCAUUGCCUCCACCCAAUACGGAUGUUUUCCCGAUUGGCGACAUUGGCGUAGAAUGCCUCCGAAAAUCUUAGUCUCUUUGGCAACCUCCAAACGUAUCAAGGAGAGUAGUGUUGGUGUGGCGCCCAAUCCUGUCCAGUCACUGAACUGCCUGAGUUCAGUGGCUGAAACACCAUCGCAUGCAAGAGAUAUACCGUUGGCGAAGAUCUCUGUGACCAGUGAUCCGGGUUUCGCCCUGAAUUUUCACGGUCUCGUUAAGAAUAAACUCCAGGCGUAUUACCUCUCUGCCUGCCGAUCUGGACACAUCCAGGGCGUCCAAAGUGCACUGGAGGCUGGACUUUCACCAAUGGUAGUAGAUCAUAUCACUGGAAAAUCCGGUCUCCAUCAUGCAGCCAAAUUCGGACGCCUUAACGUUGUCCAAUACCUCAUUGAGAACGGUACCUGCUCACCACCUACUUAUUACCUUUCUCCCAAGGAAUUGCUGGAACUGCGGGACUACAAAAGAAAGCAAACAGCGCUACAUAAGGCAGCAGCAAGUAAGCGUCGACGGAUUUGCGAAAUUCUUGUCCGGGCUGGCGCCUGCACUGGCUGUGGAGAUGCCAAUGGAGACACGCCAAGCGCCCUUGCCCUUCUCGCUGGUGACAAGAAAUUGGCACAUUUUCUACAAAGAGAGGAGCUGAUGCAGCUGAUCAAACGGAGUAAUGAGGAGCUUCCGCCCAGCAGUGCCAAAUUGACAUCGCUUAGCAAUCUCGUAACAGUCCUUCCACGUUCACCGUGA